UAAAACGCAUAAAUGAUUUCAUCUUAACGUUUAUUAGUUUAUAUGAAGUUUUCAGAAAAAUGAAGAUCAGUAAAGUUGUUUAUAAAUUGUUUGAAAAUACCUCAACAAUUGGCAUAUCAUAUAUAAGCAAAAGAUAUCUAACAGUGCCUUCAAUGAGAGAAGCCAUCACUAAAGCCGAAAUAUGUUUAGGUUAUUCAAUCAAAGAUCUUUGUAUUAAACAAAAUUUUAAUCAAAAAUUUACACCAAAAUUAUGUGAUACUUUAAUGGAUAAAUCUAGUAGUCAUCCAGUGUUAAUGGCAGACAAAAAACUGGAUCCUGAGAUUGAGGUUAACUACAAGAGUCGAGCUUUGCUUACACUAUUGCUGGCGAAAGUAGUAUCGACUCUACCGGAGCCCAAAACGACCCCUCAAUUCAAGUUUAACCUCAAUUUCGACAGUAAAUUUGGAGCUUCAUUAACAAAACAAUUACUUUUGGCAGAAACUAUUGAAUUAAUACAUGGCGGGUGUGUUUAUCAUACAACGGGUGUCGCAUCAAAUAACUCAGACAUUACUUCCGGUGCCGAUAAUAAACAAACUGUUGAAUUCUUAUUAAAAGUGCAACUAAAGGACAGUCGAGUAACGGAACUUAUGAGUAAAGCUCUUCGGGAUUAUAUAGAAGCAGAAUAUUUGUCGGUUAAGUUAAAAGAACAAAUAGCUGUCGCAGAUGUCAACAAUUUAUUAGAUAAUUGGGUUAACAUUACUUGUAUGAAAAAUGCAAGUCUUUUAGCUCAUGGAUGCCAAUCAAUGGUAUACUUAUCAACAAACUGUGAAGAUAUUAAAGAUACUGUCUAUAAGUUUGGAAAUAGUGUUGGAUUUGCUUGGAAUAUAUGCGAUGAGUUGGAUCUGUUCAACAAACUAACCACAACUCAAGAUAACUGUAUUACUAAUAUUGAUUUUAUAUACACUUUACCGAUGCUAUUAUACUUUAAAUCUAAUCCACAACUUUUAUCGUAUUUUAAUCAAUUUAAAGUAUAUGAAGUGCUGACUGAAGGCGAGAAAGUGGUGGGGUUUCCGAUGUCUUACUUUAAUGUCGAUAAUUUACUUCGAGAUCAGUUAGAUCUGAAGACAUUCACAUUAGAUAAAGUCAAUACUCGAUAUAUUGCCGAAAGUAAUCAUCCUAUUGUCGACAUUGCAAGAGAUAUGUUUGAUAAUCAUAACCACUUUGAAACAAACAUCAGAAAUAAUAAAAUGAAAAAUUAUAUUAUGGAUAACACAGGAAAUAUGCUAUUAUUACUGUUAGCUAAAGUAAGUCAAUGUUUGCCAUCAUUUAAUUCAUCGGAUAAAACAAUUAUUAAAAAACAAAACGAUUUCGUUGAAAUUUAUUCAAUGAUUAAUAAAGCAUUGUUUAUACAUCACGAGGCUGUCAUCAAUUUACCGGUCAAUACAACAUCAAAUACUCAUCAAAUAACUACAAACCCAGUCAUCAAACGUCUGAAUGACGCCAACAAGAUAUCUAUUUUAGGCGGUGAUUAUCUACUAUCCUAUGCUAUUGUAAAAUUGGCUAAUUUGGUCAAUAAUAACUCGGCAUUAAAACUGAUUAUGUGUGCCAUUGAUGACUAUUGUAUCUACCAUUUUAACAAUGAUAAAAAUGUUGAUCAAAUUGAUAUACCAUCAAAUAAAAUGACAAUAUUUGAUUGGGAAGAGAUGUCUGGAUAUUCACUAACAAAGAUGUUGGCCUAUUGUUCGCAAAUUAUGUUUUUAUUGGCCAAACAUUCAGAUAGAUAUCAAAAGUCAGGCUUUGAUGUCGGAUACUAUUCACAACUUGUCUGGAAUUUAAAAUAUGAAAUGGAUAUUUUUAUGGAUAAUACCGAUUAUAAUGAUGUCCCGAUAAAGUUAAUGUCAGCACCCGUUAUAUUUCAUAUGCAAAGUGAUCCUAAAUUUUAUGACUAUUUGUCACAAAUGAUUAAUAGUAAAGAUGAUAUUAAUAAUAAUUUAAUCAAACAAAUUAUAUUGAAAGGACCAGCCAUUGACAUAUGCAAUAGAUAUUUGGAUUUAUACACAAAUAAGGCAAUAAAAGCUUUGAAUGUGUUUCCUGAUUGUACUGCAAAAACCAUUAUUAGAAAUGCAAUUUUUGCUUAA